AUGGCACAGAAUCAGAAGAUAGAGCUUGAAGAAGGUGCCAUGGGGGAACCCGAGGAAUCGGGGCCCGCUGAGACUCCCACAGAAGUGGCGGAGAAGAGAGGAAUCUGCGCGGCAGCGGAGCCUGCAAUGGCGACCAGCGAGACCGUUGGCUUUGGUGGCAAAGAGCCACCUCCGCCGUCAUGGGACGGUACGGAUCCUGCAGUUCAGUUGCUGCUCUACGAGAAGAAUGUGAAGCUUUGGAUGUACGAGUCAGAGCUAGAAAUGAAGAAGAGAGGUGUGAGGUUGCUACGCAAUCUUACAGGGGUUGCAAGGUCAGUAGCUGACAACCUGGAGUUUGAAGAGAUUGCCUGCGAGAAAGGGGUAGAGAACCUGUUAUCUACCCUCAAAGCCCAUUUUGCCCCGCACUUGGAGCUUAGCUUGCCAAGAGCUUUUGAACGUGCCGUAUACGGUGCACCGAGGGGAAGCAAAGAAACAAUUCAAGAGUACCUCAUCCGAGUGGAACGUGCCUUUUACCUUUUGACAAAAGAAGGGCUUCAACUGGAUGAGACUGCGCGGGGAUAUGUGGCAUAUCGUCAGGCGUCACUCACUGAGGCGCAAGAUCUGAAAUUCACGACAUGGAGCAAAGGCCAGUUUGAUUGGAAGACCGUAGUGGCAAGCUUGAGAAGGAUGAUGAAUCAGCGGACGUCACUCACCGAGACCUUCGCCCAGGACUCCGAGAAUCUUGAUGACGAGGAGAUGUACAUCCUGGUGGAAGAGGGCGACCUUGACAAGAUUUACGAGGAAAGCGAGGCGCAGAUGGCGCUGGCGACAUAUCAAGAGGUGAGAAAGGCCAUCACCAUGCAACAGAAAAACAGGCAAUACUUUGGUGGCGGCAAAGAUCGAGUUGGUCUUCAGCGUGGAUCCAAUUCGACGUCUAUGGCAAGUUCGAAAGCUGGCAGCAGUUCGCAGAGCCAGCAGAGUUGGUAUGUGGCCAUGGGCGAGAUUGAUGUGGGACAUGAAGUUAAACUGAGUAGUCCCUUAGAGAUGACGGGUGAGCCAAUAGGGCUUAGUCAAUGUUUUGAGCCACAAGACAUUUUGUCGAGCGGUGCAACUUUCUUCAUCGGGCUGAUGACAAACCCAGCCUAUGCCGUUGUUGACACGGCGGCGCAAGACGGCCUGAUCGGCCAUCAAGCUUUGGAGCGGCUAAAAGUUCAGCUUGCAGAUUUGGGCUUGCAGGUUUCAUGGACAGGUAGAAAGGCAAAGGCGCAUGGAGUUGGAGGUGCUGCAAAGGUGAUUGGUAUAGUAGCAAUUCCACUGGGCAUUGGAGGGAACACAGGCAUAUUAGAAGCCACGGUGGUUGAAGGUGAAGUACCACUUCUUUUACCUAUUCGCAUGUUGAGACAGCUUGGAGCGGUGAUUGAUCUGCCUGCACUUUGCAUUCAUUUUUCGCAUUUUCAGCGAACACUGCCUUUGAACGUUUUGCCAAGUGGGCAUGUGGCCAUAGAGAUAGUCGAUUUUGGUGAGAAGGGUUUUCAUUUGGAGUCAUGCGGAGAGAUGCCAUACCAGGAGAGCGACUUCCGAAAUGCUCUUGGUUCAAUUUCCCAGUCAAAUGAGGUGAUGCUUUCGCAUUUUCAACCCUCUUCAAGUCUUGCCCAUGGCGUUGAAUACGCUUGCUGCGCUGCGUCAGCGCCUUCAGCGGCCUUUAGCCGUGCCUGCAGCGGCGGAAGACCAUGGGCGAGCACCAAAUUCGAAACGAGCAGUCAAGCACUGGAGGCAAAUGCUGGACAAAGUCAUUUCAGUCCAGUGACAGCUUCCUCCACAUGGUCCUCGGAGCAACUCGCCGCGCACAUCGCACAUGCAGAGAGGCUGCCACCGCUCAAGACCAAGGUGGCAGCGGUGAAGUCUGCGGACGAGUGCGAGCACAAAGCAGAGAGGCUUAUGAGGGGCUCGAACCAGUGGGCGGCAUGGGUGACAUGCAUGGAUUGUCACUCCCGCUGGGCACUCCCAAUGUCCUCAAAGAAGCCGGCAAAGAAGAAGAAGGAGGCAGCGAGUUCAGCCGAGAAGGAGAAGGGUGUUCAGAGCGAGGAGGCCACAACAAUAGCAGCAGCGCUGAAGAGGGAAUGUCUGGUGCUUCGCAAGAGCGAGGCUUCACAGGCAAUUCAGUUGUCCGAGCAGAGAACCUUGAUGGGUCAGUGGACCGAGGAGCUGCAGCAGAAGGUGGCAGUGGAUCAAGAGAUGAUGUUAGCAGAACAGAGAAAGCAUCGAGUGGAGAUGGAUCAACUGAGGGAGGCAUUGGAGGUCAGAGACAUCAUGAUGUCAGAGUUUGCAUGCAUGGCGAUGGGCCAGGAGUAUCAAGAGCACAAAGGAUACCACGAUGCGGAGAUGCAUGCAUACGCCCAUCGGCGUUGGGAAGAGCAGAAGGAAAUGGCGCAGCUGGAAGCCCUGCAGAGAGAGAUUGCGAGGGCAAACAGCAGUUCAGCCUCGAGAGCGGAUCCCAGCGACGAGGAGUGGGAUGCAGUCAUGCACCAGAGGCAGCAUGGAGGAGUUGCAGAGCGUUUGAGAGCCUUGCAGAACACGGGUUUCUUUGAAGCGAAGGAGGUGUUUGUAGAGUUUGAAGAUGGCAUGUGCAGCACUUCCAUAGAAGAGUUGACAGAAGAGGAUGCUGAAUGCUUGGUGAAGAUUAACAUGAACAACAAAUUGAGGUUUGAGGAUGAGCUGGAAGAGGUGGAAGAAACAGCUUUACCGAAGAAGGUGAAGACGCAAUUGCGAGCGGCAGAAAAGUCUCGCCAGGAAAGUUUGGAGGAGAAGAGCUUUCAAGUUGAUGUGAGUGAGGUGUUCAGCAAGCCUAGGUUGACAGCAGAGGCAGAAAGACAGCACUUGAGAGCUGGAGGUGCCUAUGACAUACUGACCGGGUACGACCUCCGAAAGAAGAAGGAUCUUCAAAGAAUGAGAAAAGCGCUGGCUGCAGAGGAGCCAGAACUUGUGGCUUGCAGUCCGCCGUGCGGUCCUUUUAGUCCACUUCAGAGGUUGAAUUUUCCCAAGAUGAGUUUUGCAAAGGUGAUGAGCGUUGUUGGAGAAGGCCUACAACAUGUACGUACGUCAGCUCAGGUUUGCCGACGUCAGUACGAACAAGGUCGUCUCUUCUUGUUCGAGCAUCCUCGGCCUUCUAAGGCUUGGGAAGAAAAGGAGUUGGAGGCUCUGAAGAGACUUCCUGGUGUUCAUGUUUGCAAUUUCAACAUGUGCAGGUACGGCAUGAGGGUUCACAAGGAAUUGAACAAGAAGGCCACCACUAUGAUCACAAACUCGCCAGAGAUAGCAGCACAACUUCAGCUUGUUUGUGAGGGAGGCCAUGUUCAUGAGACCCUCAUGGGAGGUCGCGCGGCAAAAGCGGCCGAGUAUCCUCCGGCACUGUGUCAGGCCAUCAUUUGUGGCCUGCGCAAGCAUUUGAGGAGAAAGAGUCUUCAAGCAAAACCCUCUGAGGAGUUCAUUUCUGUUUUGGCAGCAGAAGGUGCAGAAGAAGAGCAAGAGAGUUUGGGCGGUGCAUCUGAGGAGGAUCAGGAUGAGGAGGAGGAAGAAGUUGCGAGAGUAGAAGAAGCAAGCUCAAGGCAGGUUGAGGUUUCAGUUUCAGCAGAAGAUCGAGUGAAAAUCAGAAAGAUGCAUGUGAAUCUAGGCCAUCCAAACAAAGCAAGUUUCUUGAGGUUUUUGAGAGCCGGAAGAGUUCGGCAGGAGAUUUUGCAGUGGGUGGCAAAGGAAUUCACUUGCGGAACCUGCCAGAGCCAGGCAAUGCCAAAAGCACCACGUCCAGCGGUGGUUCCUCGUUGCUAUGCGCCGGGAGUGGCGCUUGGGCUUGAUGUCUUCUAUGUGCCCGAUGAACGAAACCAUCGGACCCUUCCUGUGCUGAAUUUGGUGGAUUUGGGUACCAACUAUCAGAUGGUAGAGGUGUUGGAUUCCAAAGAGCCUAUGCAUAUUUGGCACACAGUGUGGAAAACCUGGGCUCGCACUUUUGGUCUUCCUCAGUUCAUCACUGUGGAUGAAGGGAGAGAAUUCAGAGGAGGUCUGGCUCGUAUCUGUGCUGAUGCGGGUGUCAUCAUUUUCCGAGCAGCGGCUAGGGCUCCUUGGCAACAAGGAAAGGUUGAGAGACAUGGAGGUCUGAUGAAGGCCAUGUUGGAAAAGGGCAGAGAGGAGCUGCCCCCAACUUCGAGAGAGGAGUUGGUCAAUUUGCUGCACGCAUGUGAAGCAGCGAAGAACCGGUAUUCAAACAGAUCCGGUUUCAGCCCAACUCAGAGACAGAUUGGGCAUUGGCCAAGGAUGCCUAGCAGUUUGCUUAGUGAUGAAGCUCUUGAUCCUGCGUUGCAGUCACAGGGCCAGACUGAUGAGUUUGAACGUAUGAUGGAAAUGAGGAGAGUGGCACAGGAGGCAUUUAUGAAGUUGUCUUCGAGGGAGGCAGCUGCCAAAGCCUUAAAAGCAAGGCCCAGAGUGCAACAGACAUACAAAGCAGGAGAUUUGGUGUACGUUUUUCGUGCACUGCGGCGUCAAAAGGCUUUGCGACAUGGAGCAGCAGCAGCCCAACCAAGAGCACAAAGAGCGAAAUGGGUUGGGCCAGGUCAUGUGCUGGCUACUGAAGGCUCAGUGGUUUGGAUCAACAUGUUGGGUGAACUGUGGCGUGCGGCAACAGAACAGGUACGCCAUGCAACUUCAGACGAGCGUCUUGGAGUUGAAAUCAUUUCUGAGGAAUGUGAGGAGAUGCAAGAGAGGCUUAAAAGAAGUUCACACAGAGCUGGCUAUCGGGACAUCACAAGUGAGCCGUGGCCAGAGGUAGCGGAGGCCAUUGAGGAUCAGGCAGAUGAGGUGCAAGCGGAAGGUGAGGUUCGAGGCAGGCCAAGACCUCGAUUGGAGGAUGGAGACUCACCAGAGGCAGAAGAUGGAGAAGGGGCUGAAGCACAGCAUAGGUUGAAUGAGGAAGAAGCAGCUUCUGAAGGAACCGCAGUUCCACGGCAAGGUUCACAUCAGACUGUCUUGGAGCCUGAAGGAGAAGUUCCCGCUGCGUCAACACCAGCAGUGGGAGGAGACAUAGUAGCAGCACCAGAGUUCCCGAGUGAGAUGCCAGUGCUUACAGAUGAGAUGGCACGUCAGAUGGUAGAAUCAGAGGCAGCAGUGAGGAGAUUAGACGGUCUUCCAGAAGAGUCCUUUGAUGCCAUUCGAGACAAGGUUUUGCCAAGAUGGAGGAGAAAUUUGCAACAGCCAUAUUUUUGCGAGUUUGAAGUUUUCUUUCAGGGUGAAGAAGGGUCAGAGGAGAAAGAAGAGGAGCGUCCGAAGAAAGAUUACUGGGUUUUCGAUGUGCAUCGAGAGGUGGUGCAACGUCAUCAUGUAGCAUGGAGAAAGCAGCUCUUCAAUCCAGCUCAUGCUUCUGGAUGUCCAGUGCCAUUGCGAGCGUUGAAGAAGGCAAGGAGAACAAAGUGGAUGGACAGUGCAGGGAAGCCAAAGCAGAUGGAUGAUGAGUGGUCUUUGUUUACGGAAAAGGAAGAGAGAAUUUCUUGGUGGCGAGGAAUUACCGAGUUUUCGGUGGAUGCUCAUUUUCUAGCUGACUCGACUCAGAAGGCAGCACCAAAGAAAAAGCGAGGUGAAGGCGAGGUGUUUCCACAUGAAAUACCAGCUGAAGAGUGGCCAGAAUGGAAGGUUCAAGAUGCAGAAGAGUUCAAAAAGAUUGUUGACAGUGGAGCGCUCAGGAUUUUGAGCGUGGAGGAGUCAAAGCAGGUUUGGGCACGUUUGGAGGCAGAAGGAAAGACAGAUCGAGUGAUCCCAAGCAGAAUGGUUAGAAGAUACAAGCCUGGUGAGGGCCCAGGCGCACCUCGAGUGAAGAAGAGCCGUUUUUGCAUUCGAGGAGACAAGGAUCCAGACAUUUUGUCGCUUUCUCGUUUUGCCCCGACAGUGACGACCUCCAACUUGCAGGUCAUCUUCCAGGUUGCGGCCAACAGGAGAUUCAGAGGAUUGGUAGGAGAUCUCAAAUCGGCUUUUACCCAAAGCCGCCCUCUGCAGCGAAGUGGAGGCCCAUUGUAUUGCAGGUCAUUUCAUGGGAGCAUGCCGGGCCUACAGGAAGGCCAACUUGCUGAAAUCAUUUUGGGAUGCUAUGGAUUGGUCGACGCACCACUCAAUUGGCGUCUGACAUUGACUGACUUCAUCCAAGCAGAGCUUGGAUACAAACAGUCGAGCCUGGACCCAUGCACCUAUCUCCUUUUUGACAAGGACGGAGAGGAUGGAGAAGAGGAGCUACAAGGGGUAAUCUCAGUGGAGGUAGAUGAUUUACUCAUGUUUGGUGGUGAAAAGCAUGAAAAGAAGAUUCAACAACUUCAGGAGAGAUUUACCUUUGGCAAAAUGAGGGAGAUUGAUGCACAGGGCGUUGAUUUCAACGGAAGGAGGCUGAGAAAGGUCGGCAGUGACUUUUUGAUUGACAUGCAAGCGUUUGUCGAAGAACGUUUACACAUGGUGGAGCUGACACCAGAGCGAAAGAAGCAAAAGAAAGAUGAAGUGACAGAAGAGGAAAGGAGUCAAGUGCGCAGUGUUUGUGGUGCUUUGAACUGGAUUGGUAGAGAAGGGAGGCCAGACGCAGCUGCAGCUGCAUCUAUGUUCAGUUCUCUGAUGAGCACGAUGAAAAUCGAGGAUGUGCUCGACCUGAACAAAGCGGUGGAGCAGCUGAAAGCCGACGCUGGAUUGUCACUGCGUAUCCAACCAAUUGAAGAGAGCCGUUUGCGUUGGGGGGUUAUCUCUGACGCUUCAUGGGCAAAUGCGAAGAAUGGAAAGACGCAGGCUGGACAUAUGUUGAUAGCCUUCGACUGCGCCCUUCUUGAUGGACAGCGUGCCACCACAAAUGUGUUACACUGGCGCAGUGGAAAGUUGCAGCGUACUGUUUCAAGUACACUUGCUGCAGAAACACAAGCCUUGGCUCGUGGAGUAGGAGAUUUGCUGUGGAUGAUGGUCGUUUAUGAAGAGUUGACCACGGCAAGUUUUCAGAUUAGAGAUUGGAGGAAGUACAUUGGGCGCAAAGGCUACAGUGCCUUUACCAAGUUUGAGGAGACGGAGGAGGUGAAAACGGCAUUGGCGUUGGUAGACGCCAAGUCACUUUAUGAUCUUUUGAUUCAUGAAACCACUGGUGGAUCAGAUCGCAGAAAUGCUUUAGACGUUCAGGCAUUGCGUGAGGAGCUUGCAGAAUUGAAAGGGCAGAUACGUUGGGUGGAACAUCUAGAGAUGCCAGCCGAUUGCCUCACCAAGAAAUUGGGAAAAGUGACCACUCUGAAGCGAUUGCUCAAUGAAGGUGUCUUUGGCAUCACCGAAGAGUCUGCAGCGCUUGGUGCACGUUUGAAUAACCGUAAAGAGUACGGUUACAACAAGAGGUAA